CACAAAUAUCCCCCCAUCCGGAGUAGUGGUCUCAGAAUCCCCGCGAGACAUGCCUUUCUAGACCCCGCAAUCCCCCGCAACCCCCGAACCCACCCAGAUGGCCUCCUUGCGCCCGGGGCCGACCGAGGCCAUCUCUUCCGUCCCCUCCAUCCCCAGCAGCGGAUCGUCCUCAAUUGCGCAGUAUACCCCCGUGUCCGAUAGAUCCGAACAGGGCGACUCUCCCAGCCUGAACGCAGAGCGUCCCCCCGCGGGGUCCCUGAAAGUGCAGACCGAUUUCAGCACGGACGGGGAUCAGGAUUCCGACGACGACGACGACGAAAUCGACGAAGGCUACGACUCAUAUGAAGACGAAGAGAUCCGGCCCCGAUCCAGUAGACGCACGCCGAAGUAUACCAAAGAGGAAGAACGGCAGGUCGUCAAACAGUUCGAUCGGAAACUUGUCCCAUUCCUAGCUCUUCUCUAUCUACUUUCCUUUUUGGAUCGCUCCAAUAUUGGAAAUGCCAAAAUCGCCGGUCUCGCGGACGACCUGCGUCUGUCAUCCUCGCAAUAUGAAUGGCUCCUCACGGCCUUCUACGUCACAUACAUCCUCUUCGAAUGGAUGACCCUGAUGUACAGAUUGGUCCGUCCGCACGUCUACAUCGCCCUCUGCGUCUUCGGUUGGGGUCUUGUCGCCUCCCUUCAGUCGCUGUCCACCUCAUUCGGCGCCCUGGUCUUCCUCCGAGCAGCUCUCGGGAUCACCGAAGCGGCCUUCGGUCCGGGCGUCCCCUUCUAUCUCUCGCUAUUCUACAAACGCGAGGAGCUGGCCUUCCGAAACGGGCUCUUCAUCUCCGCCGCUCCCCUGGCCUCAUCGUUUGCCAGCAGUCUCGCCUGGCUUAUUGUCCGGCUCAGUAACAACGGGCCCAUCGCACCCUGGCGCACCCUAUUUCUCGUCGAAGGAUUCCCAAGUAUCAUUGUCGCCGUCAUCGCCUGGUUCGUCAUCCCCGAUACACCGGGGAGUGCUGCAUUCCUCAAACCCCGACAGCGAGCAAUCGCACAGCUGCGCAUGGACGAGAGAAGUCCCAACCACAAACACCAUCAGCAGCAGCAGCAGCAGCAACAGAAACAGAAGCCUUUCAACUGGAAAGAAGUCACAAAGACACUAUGCGAUCCCAAAUCCUACAUAACAGCUCUUAUGUUCUUCAGCUGCAACGUCGCCUUCAGCUCCAUGCCUGUCUUCCUCCCCACCAUCAUCCAAGACAUGGGCUACACCCCCCUAACAUCGCAAGCCCUCUCCGCGCCCCCCUACCUAGUCGCCUUCGUCACCGUCCUCCUAACCUCCCACCUCUCGGACCGCACCCGCACCCGCAGUCCCUACCUAAUCCUCCACGCCCUGCUCUCCUCAACCGCCUACUUUGUCAUCGCCCUCACAGGCCACUUCCACGCCUCGCUCCCAGCCCCCGUGCACAUCGCCAUCCGCUAUCUCUGCGUCUACCCGGCCGUCGCGGGCUUCUUCUCCGCCAUCACGCUGAUCAUCACCUGGACGAUGGAUAACCGUCCCGCGGGGGAGGCUAAGGGCGCCAGCGUUGCGCUGAUGAAUAUCGUGGGGCAGUGUGGGCCGCUACUAGGUACGAGGCUGUAUCCUGCGACUCAGGGGCCGUGGUAUGUCCAGGGUAUGGCGAUUUGUGGGAGCUUUAUGUUGGGGGUUGCGGUGUUGGCGGGGGGGUUGAGGUGGUUGCUUCGGCUGGAGAUGAGGAGGAAUAAAAUGGGUAGGGGGGAGGGGGUGGGAGAGGAGGAAGGGUUUGAGAUGGAGAUGGAGGGUGGUGGGGCGGAGAGGGAGGUGCUUAUGGGUGGAAGGGGGAGGGGAGGGGGUGGAGAGAGGAGGAUGGGGAGAAGUUUGAGUAUAUUUUAUGUUUCUGAGAUAGGUUGA